AUGUUAGCGGCUCCAGAUAAUGGGGGACUCGCUAGCAGCUGGUGGAGAGGAUGGGCUAAGACAUAUGUAGACACUAACGAGUUAUUCAUAAACUGCUGUGGUCGAAUUACUAGUAAGAAAAGACACGAUUCGAUUUGCGCGAACGACGAAUCAGUAUUUAUUGGUGCUGCUAUUGUAGAUGGAUUUGUCCUUGUCCCUGCUGGAGGGUUUGGUGGGCGUGACGUUCUCCGAAAGAUGAAGCUAGGGACGGAAUGCGGCAUGACGACGACGGGCUACUGUUGCGCCUUGCAAUCUUUGAUGUACAAAUAA